AACAAACGAACAAGCGGUUCGCAAAAGUCAAAUGAGGAUAGUGUUUGUGGUGUUUAUUUUUAAUUAAAUAGUUUAAAAUUUAUUACAAUUCAUAGGUAGUUCCAAUGAAAUGGCAUCUGCAUUGGAACAGUUUGUGAAUACUGUUAGGACUUCAUCUACCCACGGUAACUUUAGGGAGCUUUGUGAAUUUUUAAAUAAAUCUAGUGAAGUACUUAUAAAGCACAGUCAACAUCUGGAUAAUGUAUUGGAAACUUUGGACAUACAACAUCAUUCUUUGGGAAUCUUAGCUGUACUAUGUGCUAAAUUUAGUGUUCCUCCACCAAACAAUACCACUGAUAAUAGAUUUUCUCAAGCUCAUGAUUUUAUAUUAAAUUGUAAUGGAGAACAAAUUAGGUUUGCCCCUGAUACUUUUGCUGAAUUGUGUCAUUCUCUCACUAACUAUUUAGUAGAACAGAAGCAACCAUUGAAGGGAAUAUUACUUCUUCAAAAAGCCAUUUCAAAGCUAAGACUAUAUGAUUCACAAUUAACAUCUAUUCAUGCAGACUUGUGUCAGCUGUGUCUAUUGGCAAAAUGUUUUAAACCAGCUUUAGAAUUGUUGAAUGUAGAUGUUACAGGAAUAUGUCAAGAGAUGUCACAAAACCCAAACGGACCUCAAUUUGAAUCGAAGUAUUUUCUGUUGUAUUAUUAUUAUGGUGGGAUGAUCUACUUAGCUGUUCGUAAUUUAGAUAGAGCUCUAUAUUUUUUCGAAGUAGCAAUUACUACACCCUCACUAGCUGUUUCACAUAUUAUGCUAGAAUCGUUUAAGAAAUACAUUUUAGUGUCUUUGUUGCUUUAUGGAAAGAUUCAGUCAAUUCCCAAGUUUGCUUCUCAGGUGGUUUCACGAUUUAUAAAACCACUAUCCCAGCCUUAUUAUGAGUUAGCUAACGCUUUCAUCUUAAACAAUACAGCCGAAUUGAAUACUGUACUUAACAAACAUUCUGAAAUGUUCACCAGGGAUCAUAAUAUGGGUCUUGUGAAACAAGUAUCGUCGGUUCUUUAUAAAAAAAAUAUUCAAAGGUUGACAAAGACAUUUUUGACACUUAGUUUAUCUGACGUUGCAAGUCGAGUGGGUCUUUCCAGUCCAGUAGAAGCUGAAAAUCAUAUUUUACAGAUGAUUGAAAAACAACAAAUUUAUGCUACAAUAAACCAAAAAGAUGGUAUGGUCGUAUUCAGAGACGAACCCGAGAAAUACAGCGGGCCUGAUGUUUUGAAAGGUCUCGAAGAGCAACUAGCCAUAUGCAUGGAAUUAGAUAGGCAAAUUUUAGCAAUGGAUGAAGAAAUUCAAGUCAAUCCCCAAUACGUGAAAAAGUCAUCAGGUUUGCAGGACGAGGAACAGCCCAAGAGUACAUAUGCUAUGUAAAAACUAAUUUAAAAAUAUGCAGAUGAGCUGUAUUCAAGUUUUCGUUUUUUAAUAUAUCGGAUUUUUGUCUAGUUUGAUUUUCUUAACACAUUUUUUUGUUUACGUUAUUUUAUGGAAUGUCAAGCAAUAGAAUAAACAUUAAUAGUUAUUUUUU